UCCGGGCUGGCUGGGGCUGGCGGCCCCGCGCGGGAGCGGGCGGAGAGCGAAGGUUGGCUUCUCGGCGCUCGGACCUUCGCCGGAGGGGCUGCGGCGUCAUGACGGUGGGAGCCCGGCUCCGAAGCAAGGCGGCGAGCGGCCUGCCGCGCCGCGGGCCCCGAGGGCGCGGGCGGACGGCGGGGGACGAGGAGGCGGAGGCCAUCCUGGAGCACCUGGAGUGCGGGGACGAGGCGGCGGAGAGCGGGCUGCGCCCCGGGCCCCGGAGCGCGCGCAGAGUGCACCUCGCCGCCCUGCCCGAGCGCUACGAGCCGCUGGAGGAGCCGGCCGCAGGCGAGAAGCCCAAGAGGAGGUACCGGCAGAAGCUGAAGAAGUACGGCAAGAACGUUGGGAAGGUCAUCACCAAAGGAUGCCGCUACGUGGUCAUCGGCCUGCAGGGGUUCGCCACGGCCUAUGCUGCGCCAUUUGGAGUCACUACCAGUGUGGUUUCCUUUGUGCGCUAAUGAUCCGGAGCUGCUUGGGCAGACACUACGGAAUGAAAGGAGCCUCUGCCCUGGGAACAACGUGGACCCAGGAGCAUUUCAGACUUGAACUCACAGCACACUUAGAAGAGAAAAAAUGUCUUUCUUUGUUGAAUCGGAUGAGGAUUAUGAAU